AUGUAUACCAGUAUCGCUCCAUCGUACUUUAUGUUUCUCGCACUGAGCAUCUUGACCUUCAUUCACUCGGUCACUUCUCUCCCCAUUCAAACCAGCACAUGGGUCAAAAUAGACCAAUAUGAGGACCCAGAUUCUCUUGGAUUAUGGAAAGUCUUUGAAAAGGAAGCUCAAACUUCCUUGCCCAAUCCGUCGCAUGCCAACCAGAUCAACGUCAGUAUCCACAUGGAGCCCUGA